GUUGGAAGCUUUUGGAUUUCUGCAAAGGUUGUGGCAAUUGAAAGCGAUAAAAAUUGGUGGUAUCUUUCGUGCACUAAAUGUCGCAAGAAACUGGAAAAAACCAGUUCCAAAUUUUACUGCACCAAGUGCGAUAAACCUUAUUCUGAUGGUAUUCCAAGGUAUAAAGUGAUACUCCGAGUGAUCGACUCUACUGGAAAUGCACCCUUACUCAUUUGGGAUGACGUUGGGCAAGAAAUGUUUGGAAAGGACGCAGUUGAGUGUCAAAACAUGAUGUUAAGCAGUGGACGUCAGGAGAGUUAUGUUCCCGCUGAGAUAGAGGCCGUUGUAGAUGUGUCAAUGCUAUUCAAGGUUCAGAUUAAGAAGGAACAAAUUGGAAACUACAAUUCAGCCUUCAGUGUGAUGAAAUUCACAAGAGAUGAAGCUCUUAUUGAGAAAUUCAAUGUUAAU